CUGCAGCAUAUAUAUGAAAACGGUACAUAAUUAAUUGUUACGUUAUGAGUCGCAGAUAUACAUCAAGGAAAGUUGAAGAUGACGAAUUUGAAAGCGAAAUAUUCAAAGAUAUAGAAAGGAAGACACAGGAAGAAAAUGGCACGUCUGGAUCAGAAUGUGAAUCAGUGGAGUCAGAAUCUUCUGGAAAUGAAGAAUUACUGGUUGAAAGUGAUGAGGAUUAUGAUGAAGAUACUACUGGUGCAAAGAUCAAACAAGCAAAGGUUGACUGUGAGGAAGACAGCGAUCAGGAUGAUGAUGCUCCAGAGACUGUAUCCUUUCAGUCAGGAAAGGAGAAUGCCAUUCAGAAAAUGAGACAAGUCAUGAAACAGAUUGACACAGAAAAAAUUGCCCUCAAAACCAAACGUAGGCAGCUGGACCAGCAGUACAAAGAUCAAAAGAAAAGAAAGUUGGAAAAACUCUCUAAGAGUAAAUUACCAGAGGAUUUCUUUGACGAUCUGCCGGAAAAGAUGAGUAAUGUGAAAAAGUCCACAUCAUCAACUAAUAAAAAAGUGAGAAAGAUAGCUGAUGAAGAGGAGGCCAGUCUAGCUGAUACUGAGGAAGACUUUGGUGUUUCCAAUGAAGAUUUUAUUCCUUUUGACAACAACAGACUCGAUGGUUUUGAAGUGUCUACUGUGCAGAGCCACAAACAAUUAGCAAUGUCGUCAAAAGUCAAAGCUGAAGAUUUCAGGAAAACUCGACUAAGCAAUGUGCCACGCCAUUCAAGUAAAGUUCAUUUUGCAAAGUUGGAAAAGAAGAAAGCGUUAAAAAAAGGACUGGGAAAAGAGUUUAUGAUAAUAUGAAAGAAAAAUGAUGUUUUAAUUGUCAUAUUGGUAGAUAAAUGUACUUGUGAAACAGAGGUCUAAAAGUCAAAAUUGUGUUGUCUUUGAUGUAAGUUUAUAUUUGAAUCGCAAGGGAAUUAACUAUGUUUUCAUUGCAUGGUACAUGGCAGACUUCUUUGAAAAUCUCAGUUCAAUCACAAUGGUUCUCAUAUCAUGGAUGAAUUCAGUCAUUUUAUUGUGGAAGUUUUAUGAAUAUUUUUUAUGCUCCUUGAAAAUUAUGACUGAACCAAUCACAGAUAACGUCACGAAAAGAGAGGUCAUUUGUGAUUGGCUAAGCAAAAAUUUGAAGUUUAAGAUUGUUUAAUGAUCCCAAGGCCAGUUCUGAAAAAAUAAGUAAGAUAAGGCAAUUCAGCCUGUAUAAAGAAGAUAGUGGUCUCCUGAAGGGGUAGGAAGCGAUAAAAAAAGGAAUGUGAAAAAAGGGCAUAUGCAAGCUCAACCAGGAGCAUUGAAUAUAUAAAAAAAUGUAUAAAGUAGAGGAUCAUCAUGGAAGUUUUGAUUGCAGAGAUCCCUUACAAAAAUACAAUAUGUACAAAAUCAAUAGAAUGUGUUAUGUCUGUAGGUAUCUUAAGGAGAACUCUCAACUUUUUAUCAAAACCUGAUAUUCAUUUUUAUUGACAUUACCAAAACUUUAAGAAUGACAUCAUCAAACACAUGACAAAAUAUUGAUUAGUGCUUCAUUACAACAAAAUGUUCAACACAUGAAAAGGUACAAAUCUCAUUUCAAGAGUUGUUGUUUCUUUAAUUAAAAGCAAC